AUGGGGAUCAUUACUGCCUCGCGAUUUCUCUUCCUUGCAUUACUGAAUCUCGCCAAGUCUAAUGCCUCGCCAUGGAUUGGAACUCAAUACGUGGAGGUUGUGGUCACCAGCGACUACUACAGAGACGAAACGGUGACGACGUUCAUUCCUGUCAGCCCAAUCGUAUCAAACCCCCCCGUCCUCAGCACGUUCACUGCGUACGGUGAUGACUACUAUGGGCCUGAAGUCACAGCCAUCAAUCGUGUGAUUGCCCCGUCGGCCGGGAUCCCGCUUGAUGAUCUUUCGUCCCCCGACCUGCAAUACUGGGUUAUUCUCACCUUGACGCCGCCAUCAUCAUGUUCCUUUACCAAUACACCCACCCCGACGACCAAGACUUGCUCAGUUGAUGUGCCCAGAGAUGCACAGGGAUUUGUUACUCCAACCGCGACCGCCAUCUCAUCCGGGUCUUGGUACACAACCACUGGAAUGUUGCUGGAGCCCAGCGCGAUUCCCAAACUCGCGCUAGACAGCGCCAGUAAGGACUGCAUGCCGUAUCGGUGGACGGUCUGCGACGGGGACAGCAGUGUCUCUUCCACCGGCACACACGGCACAUCAAAGUUCUGUUACGAUUACACCGACACUCUACUCGUCUCGGACUCGGCCAUCGGUGGCGGAACAUGCUGUGACGAUGUCUGCAAACGGACCUGGGGCAUUUCUCUGACCCAGCUCAUUCUGAUCAUCUGCUUCUCAUGGACCGGACUUUGGCUUAUUGCCAGUAUUUGGGAAACAUGGGUGAUCUUCCGGCGCGCCAUGGUGGGCAAAAAGAGUCGUCGCGGUGUUCCUACUUGCUUCAUCUUCAUUUGGACCCUCUUGUUUUGUCUCAUGGUGCGGACGAGAAAGCCCGUCUAUGAAAAGACACCCGAACAGCAGGAAUGGCUCACGGAGAGAUGGAAGGCCAUGUCGGCAGGAGCCAAGAUUGGCAUGUGGUUAAGGAAUCUUUUCAAGACGACUGAUCCCUCGGCUAAGCUCUUGCAGGAGAAUGGAAUGAUGCACGAUCCGUCUCUGGGUCCUCCCGUCUAUUAUUCUUCACCCGGAGGUGCACCUCUCGACGGCCCUGGUGCCUCUGGCGCUCCUAGUGGUUCUCCUCCUGCUCCUCCUUCAAUGCCCGUUGACCCCAUACCCGGGCAGACUCAGAUAUCGGAGAAGGAGGCGCAUGUGACAGUAUCGCCAUCCAUGGACGACGUCUCUCAGACCGAGAGCACGGUUGAACACAAGGAUGAGCCUCGGGUUACGACUACGUCUGUUCGUGAGAGUUAG